AUGGUACUUGGGUCCGCUGCAAAGCACAGUGUUGCAGAUCUUGACCAUCAAUGCGUCACUCGUUCGAUUAGAGUGACACAGGACCAUGGACAGUCUGCCAUCACCAAUGGCGUGUUUUACUCCUGUCCAGCCAGGUCUCUUGCGGGCUGUGACUCCGACCAAAUCUCCCUUCAGCACGGCACUCUACGGCACCCUUUCACAACUAGGCCACGGGUGGGCGGUCGCGCAACCGCCCGGAAGACCGAGAGUCACAGUGGUGUUUCUGACGCAGGAUCCUUCCAGAGAGAGGAGCCCGUCGCGCGGCCUCUCAAGCAACCUGCGCGCUCCCUUAGACGUCCGCCCAUGCGGGCACAAGUAUCCGGUUCUGGUUUUCGGGACGCCCAUUCUGCCACAUCAGUGGAGGACCACCAGGCCUGUUUGGCUACGGUCGAAACACUGGAGCGGGAAAAUGAAGCAUUGAGGGGGGACAAGAAGACCCUCAUCGGUGCGAACAAGAGUUCUGAGCAGCAGGCGACUCGACAACUGGUGGAUGAAAUGCAACAUACCGUUGCAGGUUGGCACCAGCGGCUUCGGAGCCCGGCUGGUGUAGCAGAACGUGUGGAUCCAGCUGCCCUGACGACUGCCCUACCGGCAACGACAGCGGUACCGGACAUGUGGCCUACUCAGGAGGAGGAAGGGGGUGCAUUUGGCGAUGAUCAUGAUAUGGUACCCGAGUCGGGUAACUUCGCGCAGCUUUUCCAGUUGUAG